AUGAAUCUGUUCAGAAUCCUUACCGUCGCUGCCCUUCUCAGCAUGACCAACGCAGUAGCUAUCACCCGGGAUAAGAGCUCUGCUACCCCCAAGGAGUUCAGAGUCCUCAAUAGAUGUCACAACAUCUGUACCGGACACAAUGACUGCCCAGAGAGCUGUCCCUGUGACAUGCACAACAUAUGCGCCCCUAAAUCCUGUCCUCGAAUCAGUGCUCUGUAUUAUCCUGAUACUUCUGCUGGAAACACUGGACUGGAUCCACCGAAAUAUCACCGAUGA